UCCUCGAAGCAUCAAACGCAGUCCCCCUUCAUUGAUUACUUGAUUGAUUGCUUGAUUGAUUGCUUGCUUGAUUGUGUGAUUGUGUGAUUCAAGCUGUGUCUCAGCUUGCCUUGUAUUGAUUAGGGCGCAUUUUUGCGAAAGAGUUUGGUUAAGGUGUGGAAGAAGAUUUUUAGGGGGGCUGUGAGUGUAUGAUGAGCAAGAACAGGGGGUUUAACGCGGGAAGUAGUAUGGGCAAUGGAGGAGGAGAGUUCGAGAUUUCCCAGGAGUUGUUGUCCGUGCUUCCUUCCGAUCCCUACGAGCAGCUCGAGGUGGCCAGGCGGAUUACCGGUAUGGCCGUUGCUGCGAGAGUUUCGAAGCUGGAGGGUGAGACGGUGAAGCUGCGUCAGAAGCUGACGGAGAAGGAGCAUCUCAUUUACGGCUUGCAGGAGCGCAUCGGGGAGGCUCAGAGCACCUUGCAGGAGACGAGUGCGAGGCUGUCGGUUGCUUUGGAUGUGCAGAACAAAUUGGCAAGUGAGAAGAAUGCGCUGGUCGCUCAAGUGAAAAAGCUGACGAGGGAUGUGGCGAAGCUCGAGACAUUCAAGCGAACGCUCAUGAAUUCUCUUCAGGAAGAUGAUGAAAGUCCCAAUGGCGAAGGAGGGAAGCGAGGUGUAAAUCCAAGCUUGGCAAUAAAGAGAGCAUCUCAAGCUGAAUCAACCGUUAGCAGAACUCCAGUUUCAGACGACGACUACCAAUCAGAAAAAUCAUCCUAUGAUACAGAUUCAUCUUUGACUAGUGAGGAGCGUGGCUAUCAGCAUGGUGAGGCAUCAAGGCCACCCACCAGCUAUCAAAAUUCAGCACAGAAUUCUGCUCGAGGUACACCACGUUUGAGUCCAAGAUUGACUCCAAGUGUAUCACCCAAACAGCAAUCCGCAAGAGGAUCCCCACAGCGGAGCAUGAGUUUGACUGAAAACUCCCACAGAAUCUCACUUCCAUCGUCAAAAGCUACUAGCCAGUCCACCACUGCUCCAAACUCUCCACCAAGUUCCGGCUCCAUGCCAUCACGGACGCCACGAGUUGAUGGCAAGGAUUUCUUUCGUCAAGCCAGGAACCGUUUAUCAUAUGAGCAAUUUAGUGCUUUCUUGGCUAACAUCAAGGAACUUAAUGCACACCGGCAGACACGAGAGGAAACACUCCGAAAAGCUCAGGAAACCUUUGGUCCAGACAACAAGGACUUGUAUUCUGCCUUCGAGGGCCUUCUGAGUCGUCACCUUCCGUCUUAGGACUGCAACUUUUCAAGUCCUUUGAGGGGGUCCAACUCGAGUUUUUCAUUGAUUGUAAUCAAAAUUUUCUACAGCCUUUUGUAUUUGAUGGAUCACAUUAUCCAAGGUGACGAGGUUAAUUUGCAACCAAGAUUUCUAGUUCUAGUAAUGUAGUAAGCUGUAUCAUCUGCACUGAGGUGCAAUUUAGGGCGCGUGGGUUGCACCGUGAUUAUUUCAAUUACUACAAGGAUCUAGAUUGUGUAAUUUGCCCUUGCACUGUCUGGAUUCUUGGAGUAUUAAAUAGUAGUGCUGAUACUAAUUUGGUUUGAACAGGUCAAAUAAGUGUUUACAAAUAGUAAAUCAGUAAAACGAUAUCAAAGUUUCAUAAACGGUUUCUCAUUUUAAAUUUAACAUAGUCAAAAUAACACGCUAUGGUAUUGUGUUAUGUCUAGACUUGUUGUGAUAAGCCACAAUAGUUAAAAUCAAAUUAAUCCUGUGCAUUAAAA